AUGACCAUCUUCGAUAAUCAAUCACGUAUUCUUGUUCAAUAUUACGAUGAAUGUAUUCGAAAGGAUAAAGGCCAACCACGUGAUCUCUAUGAAUCCAUAUCUGCAUGCACACUCGAUAUCAUUACUGAAUCGGCAAUGGGAAAAAAUGCGGGAGCCCAAAAAAGCCUGGCCCUCGACAUCAAUAACGAUUUUGUUGACGCAACCGGCCGUGUGGCUCGUAUAGUACAUGUACGCAUGCGAUCUCCAUGGUUGUGGCCUGCGUUCAUCUUCAAUCGACUCCCAUCAGGUCGAGAGCAUAAUCAACUAUUAAAAAUUCUUCAUGGCUUCUCUCGAGAGAUUAUUCAACAUCGUCUGGCUACAUUCAAUGCUGAGCAAGCGAAAGGCAACAGUGAAAAGAAGAAUAGGCGUCCGCUGGUCUUUCUCGAUAAUCUUAUUAGUCAAAUGCACGCUGAACAACUGUCAAUGGAUGACAUUCAAGAAGAAGUCGAUGGAUUCAUACUCGAAGGCCACGAUACGACAGCAAAUGCCAUUAAUUACACGUGCUAUCUCAUUGGUUCAUAUCCUGAUGUUCAAGCUAAAGUGCAGGCAGAAAUCGAUGCCAUUUUUGCUGAUGAUUUCGAAAGAGCUUGCACAAUGGAAGAUACUUAUCAUAUGACCUAUCUUGAAAGUGUCAUUAAAGAAUCUAUGCGUCUUUUUCCACCUGUUCCACUAAUUGGUCGAGAAAUUCAAGAAGACUUUGUCUAUCGAGGUGAAACAAUUCGCAAAGGUACCACUGUGGUAGUAUUCCUGCCUGGUAUUCACCAAGAUCCAAGUGUCUUUCCAGAUCCAGACAAAUUCGAUCCGGAUCGAUUUAGCGCAAGUGCGGAAAGAUCAAAGGAUUGGUCUCCUUAUGGUUUUAUUCCAUUCUCAGUUGGAUCUCGUAAUUGUAUCGGUCAGUAG